AUGUCAACUGGUACAUAUGAUGAAUGCUAUCUAUUUGCUUUUAGAUUUCUUUUACCAAAACCUAGCAAUCCACCAAUUGAAUUGUAUGAAUAUCCAUCGUUACCACAAAAUAGUAAUCAUCAUAUUUGGAAUGUAAAAACAACAACUCAAUUGGAAAAACCACGUUACAUUAUUUUUGCUCUGCAAACAGAUAAACUUGACCAAGUGACGAAGGAUCCAUCAAAAUUUGAUCAUUGUAAUAUAACUGAUCUCAAAGUUUACCUAAAUUCAGAAUGCUAUCCGUAUGAAGACAUGAAUUUAUUUUUUGAAAGAAAUCGUUACGGUAUUGCUUAUGAUGAGUACACAAGGUUUCGAAGUAGUUAUUACAAUUACCCUGUAUCUGAAGCUUUAUUAACAUUAAAGGAAUUUAAAGAAAAAGCUAUGAUUUUGAUAAUAGAUACUCGUUAUCAAAAUGAAAAUCUAAAAAUGGGACCGGUUGAUAUUAGGAUCGAAUUGAAAACUUCAGAAAUGAUACCCGCAAAUAUCACAACUUACUGCCUAAUGCUACAUGAUAGACUAGUAGAAUUUACGCCAUUGAGCGGGGAAGUCGUCAAAACUAUUUAA